AUGUCGGUGGUCGGGUCGUUGAUCUUCUGCGUCUACUGCGGCAACCUUCUGGACAACCCGUCGGCCGUGGCCGGCGACCACGUGGCCUGCGCACUGUGCGACGCGCAGUACGACAAGGCCACGUUCUCCAACCUGAAGGUGGUGACCGCCACGGCGGAUGAUGCCUUCCCAUCCGCGCUGCGGGCCAAGCGCAGCGUAGUGAAAACGACGCUGCGCAAGGGCGAGCUCGAGGACGGCGCCACGAUCCGCGAGAAGUGCCCCCAGUGUGGCCACGACGAGAUGCAGUACCACACGCUGCAGCUGCGGUCCGCGGACGAGGGCGCGACGGUGUUCUACACGUGCACGUCGUGCGGUUACCGCUUCCGCACCAACAACUGA